GAAAAUCACUCCUUCUGUUGAGGAGAUGAAAAAGUUGGACUUAUCUCAUUUUUUUUAUCAAGGGAAAGGAUAAGAAGAAGGAGGUGAGCGAGAAUUUAUCUGAUUCAGAAGAUGAUAAAGCUGAGUAUCAAGGUGGUGAGGCAUCAUCUUCAGCUUUACCAAAGAAAAGAUUGCAUCUUGAUCAUUUUGAGAAAGAGCUGCAGACGGUGGUUUCUUCUCAAAAUAAAAUUGUGGAAGAUUUGAACUGCUUUAAAGAUUAUGUGACUCUUCAGUUUACUAAUCUUUUUAAAGUUCUUGAUUCAAUCAAGAAGAGCUCAAAUGUAAUUGAAGAGCAGACAAACUUGCAUAAUGGAGCUUCAAUUAGUGAUAAUGGGUCUGAUGACAAGGAGGAGGAUAUAUUGUUUAAGGUGAUCAAUCGCAAUAUUGUUCAACCUAUUGUGGAAAAAAAGAACAAUUUGGCGGAGGAUGAUACGGCAGUAGAGAAUAAAAAGGAGGUUGAGCAACAAGAUCAAACUAAUUUAUCUCAAGUUGAUGAAGCAGCAAAUGAGUUUGAUAAAGUUUCUAGUGAUGAAGUUGAGCCUGAAAUCGUAAAGGCUGCAGAAUGCAACAUUGAUAAGACGUUAAAGGAUGCACAAUGCAACAUCGAUACUAUUUUAAAGGAUGUAGAAUGCGAUAUCGAUGAAAUGGAUGCUGCCACUUUUGACGAAAUUAUUUCUUCUGCUACAAUUGCAGUUGAGAAAAUAAAAUCGCAAAAGAAAGCUAUGGCAUGUUCAUCUAGUGACAAUAGAAAUCAUCCUGAAAUUAUCGCUGCAGCUAUGUGUCUAGAUGCUUUUGAGAUUGCUGAGAACAAGGGUGGUUGUUCAAAUCCAAACCUUGAAGCUGUUAAUGUUUCAAAUACUUUAUCAUCUGCCUCGAAUUUUGAGAACAAGGGUGCUUGUUCAAAUCGAAGCCUUGAAGCUGUUGGUGUUGUUUCAAAGACUUUAUCCUCUUCUUCGAAUUUUGAGAACAAGGGUGCUUGUUCAAAUCGAAGCCUUGAAGCUGUUGGUGUUGUUUCAAAGACUUUAUCCUCUGCUUCGAAUACUGAGUGCACGUCUGCUCAUGAACAUCCGAGUCAUGUAUUGGCUGAGACUGUUUCAGAGUCAUUACCCUCAAAUUUGAACGCCAACCUCGUUCAUGCAAAUCUGACUGCUGUAGUACAUGAUGCUGCUCCGGUUUUAAAUGAUAUUGAUGCAUCAUUUGAUUUUUGCAAGCAAAUUGAGUUUGAUUUAUGGCUUGGAAAAGGAUUUAAAGAGAAAAACAGGUACAAGCAUUAUUCUCCUGAGGACAAUGAGAUUGCACCUCCCUUUGAGAUGUAUGUUGAUCAAAUAAGCAAAAAAACAUGGUUCUCUUUUCUGAACUACAGUGGUCUGCCUUUAUCAUGUUCUCAUAUCGACGUGCUGUUUUAUUUUUUGAGGGAGAAGCAAAAGUCGAGGCCUAAUGUGAGAUGCACCACUGCUGAUAAUAUCUUUGAUAGACGCAUGCAAAGUUUGUAUGCUUCAUAUUUGUCGACUUCUGAUGCUGAAAAGUUUUUGAAAGGGGACGCUUUGAUUUUUGAUUAUAUGCGGGGUAAGAAGAUUCUUAUGGGUACUCCUUGGAGUGAAGUUGACGACGUUUUAUUUCCUAUUCAUGUGGGAAAUAGUUGGCAUUGGAUAUUGGCGCGUUUAUCGUUCAAGGAUAGGUGCAUUUAUAUAUACAACUCUAAAAAGUCACCUAUUCUCAACCGAACGGCGGCUGAAGUGGUUAUGGGGUAUUGUGUCCUGAUUCCAAGGUUGUUAGUCAUGGGUAAUUUACUAUCGUCUAUCAAAGCUAUUGAUUUGUCUUCUCCUGCUUAUGUUGGGAAAACCAAAUUUGAACCUUUUUCUUUGUCUCAAGUUGAUGGCUUACCAACACAAUCUGACAGUGAUUGUGGUGUAUUCGUGGCUGCAUUUGCUGAGUAUAUCAUCGAAGGGAGGAAGGUGCCUUUGCGUAUCUCGAUUGAAAAUAUGAGGUCUAGAUAUUGUACUUUGUUGUAUGCUCACGCACUGUCAAAGCAACCACCAAUGGAGGAAACCAUUACUCAAGCUGCACCAAUUGUAGAAGAAGGACGAGGGAAAAGGAAGAAGAUCAAAGCAGAGAUUAAAGACAUUGGAGCUGAAUCAAAGGUUGAACAAGGCAGGGGGAAAAGGAAGAUUAUCAAAAUAGAGAAUAAGUGAUUUUUUAAUAUGAAUUAUGAUACUUUGAUACUUUGUCU